GGCGGCUGGGCGAGCCGGGCGUCUGCUGCAGCGGCCGCGGCGGCGGAGGAGGCCUGAGAAGACUUGGCGGCAGCGGCGGCGGCGGUGGCGGUACCGGCAGCAGCAGCAGCAGCUACAAGCUCCCUGUGUCGCGGCGCUGCCGUACGAACCCCACGGGCCCCACGAGACGCCCACCCCGCCGCCCUUGGCGCUGCCUGACCCCGCCGGCGUGUCCACCAGCCGCCAACCCCGGCAGCGACCCCAGUCGUCCUCCGACUCGCCCUCGGCCUUCCGCGCCAGCCGCAGCCGCAGCCGCAACGCCACCCGCAGCCUCAGCCCCAGCCGUAGGCACAGCCACCCGCGCAACCUCAGCCCCAGGUCCUAUUGCAGCUCUUCCAGACUCAGUCCCUACGCCGACACCCUGGAAGUUGGGAUGCUCUUGUCCAAAAUCAACUCGCUAGCCCACCUGCGCGCCGCGCCCUGCAACGACCUGCACGCCACCAAGCUGGCGCCCGGUAAGGAGAAGGAACCCCUUGAGUCGCAGUACCAGGUGGGCCCGCUACUGGGCAGCGGCGGUUUCGGCUCGGUCUACUCAGGCAUCCGUGUCGCCGACAACUUGCCGGUGGCCAUCAAGCACGUGGAGAAGGAUCGGAUUUCCGACUGGGGAGAACUGCCCAAUGGCACCCGAGUGCCCAUGGAAGUGGUUCUGCUGAAGAAGGUGAGCUCGGGCUUCUCCGGCGUCAUUAGGCUCCUGGACUGGUUCGAGAGGCCCGACAGUUUCGUCCUGAUCCUGGAGAGACCAGAGCCGGUGCAAGACCUCUUCGACUUUAUCACGGAAAGGGGGGCCCUGCAGGAGGAGCUGGCCCGCAGCUUCUUCUGGCAGGUGCUGGAGGCCGUGCGGCACUGCCACAACUGCGGGGUGCUCCACCGCGACAUCAAGGACGAGAACAUCCUCAUCGACCUCAAUCGCGGCGAGCUCAAGCUCAUUGACUUCGGCUCGGGGGCGCUGCUCAAGGACACAGUGUACACGGACUUCGAUGGAACCCGAGUGUAUAGUCCUCCAGAGUGGAUCCGCUACCAUCGCUACCAUGGCAGGUCGGCAGCUGUCUGGUCUCUGGGGAUCCUGCUGUACGAUAUGGUCUGUGGAGAUAUUCCUUUUGAGCACGAUGAGGAGAUCAUCAGGGGCCAAGUUUUCUUCAGGCAGAGGGUCUCUUCAGAGUGUCAGCAUCUCAUUAGAUGGUGCUUGGCCCUGAGACCUUCAGAUCGGCCAUCCUUCGAAGAAAUCCAGAACCAUCCAUGGAUGCAAGAUGUCCUCCUGCCCCAGGAAACUGCUGAGAUCCAUCUCCACAGCCUGUCGCCAGGGCCCAGCAAAUAGCUUUUCCAGCAGGUUCUCCCCUCUCUAUCAGAUGCUUAAGGGAGGGGAAGUGUCUGUUUCCAGCUUCCCAAAUACCAGUGACAGUUCUCUCCAAGCAGGACAGUGCUUGAUACAGGAACAACAUUUACAACUCAUUCCAGACCCCAGGCCCCUGGAGGCUGCCUCCCAGUGGGAGGAAGAGACUCUACUCCAGGCAUCCUAGGCCUCAACUCCUCCCAUAGAUGCUCUCCUCGUAGGUGUCUGGCAUUGCUGGACUCUGUAAUUCCCUGGGGUGGGGGGUGGGGUGGGAGUGGGUCAGAAUCCUGCCAUGGAACUGUUCCCUUCAUCAAGAGUUCUGCUGAAUGCCGCGAUGGGUUGGGCAGGGGGAAGAUGGAUUGGGGUGGGAUAGGACUAGCACCAUAUUAAGUCCCUGUCACCUCUUCCUACUCUUCUGAGUGCCUUCUGUGGGGACUCCGGCUGUGCUGGGAGAAAUACUUGAACUUGCCUCUUUUACCUGCUGCUUCUCCAAAAAUCUGCCUGGGUUUGGUUCCCCCUUUCUUCCCCAUCCUCCCCCAAAUCCUUCAUAUGAAAGGUGCCAUGGAAGAGGCUACAGGGCCAAAUGCUGAGCCACCUGCCCUUUUUCCACUUCCUUUAGUAAAACUCCCAAGUGAACUGGUCUUCCUUUUUGGUUUUUACUGUUUCUAAGCCAAGACCUCACACACACACACAGAAAUGCACAAACAAUGCAAACCAACAGAAAAACUGUAAAUGUGUGUACAGUUGGCAUGAUAGUGUACAAAAGGAUUGUAGUUGAUCUAAUUCUUUUUUAAUUUUGCCUUUAAGUUAUUUUACCUGUUUUUUUUCUCUUUUUUGGGGGAAAGAUGUGCAUUCUAACCUGGAGGUCAACCUUAUGUAUUUAUUUAUUUAUUUAUUUGGUUCCCUUCCUGCUCGAAGCUUCCACGGCUGCUGCCAUAGUUUUCUUUUCUCCUUUCCUCCUCUGACUUGGGGACCUUUGGGGAGGGCUGCAACGCCUGCUCGUUUGUAGGGUGAUGGGACUCAGGCAGGACAGCUGCUGCAGCUCCCUGACUGCUGUGGGCCCCCUCGCCCCUGCUGAUUACCCAAGUGGGUAUGGGUUCCAUGGGUGAUGGGGGAGGGGCGUUGCUGGCUUGUGUAUAUAGGAUAGAUAUAUGAAAAGCAGUUCUGGAUGGUGUGCCUUCCGGAUCCUCUCUGGGGCUGUGUUUUGAGCAGCAUGUAGCCUGCUGGUUUUAUCUGAGUGAAAUACUGUACAGGGGAAUAAAAGAGAUAUUUUUUUUUUUAUACUUGGCGUUUUUUGAAUAAAAACCUUUUGUCUUA